AUGCCUCCCGCACCAUUCGACACCCUCCCCUCCGAGCUCAUUGAGCGCAUCCUGCUCUUUUGCGACGUCUACGAUGCAGCCAAUCUCGCACUGACAAGCCGCACAGUUCGCAGGCUCAUCUACCAGUCGGAGGAUCAGUACUUCUGGCGUGAGCUCUUCCUGAGCAGGCCCUUCGACGAUCUUCGCAAGGCGCCCCCGCCGCUGACCACCCAGAAGCCGGCCUUGCAACCCGAUUGGAAGACGGGGCUCCAGCGUAGGGUCAGCGCGGAUGCGGUCGUGCGCAAUGGUACCACUGGUCCGCGCCUGCACCGCGCACUCGAGACGCUUGUGGCCGCGGUAGAGACCGCCCUUCCUGUCAGCGAUGGCCCGGGUGCGGACGAGUCGGAGAACCUGAAGUGGCUCGAUACCCUCCUGCGCUCCGCCACCUUCGAUGAAGAGUCUCUCCCCCUGCAUGAGCAGCAGCUCCUCGGCCGGCUCAUGUCGUACCUCGCGUUGACAUACGAGUCGGGCGAGUCGAGGACUGCCGAGACCCCGCAACUGCGGUUGACUCGGAACGAGAUGCGGCGGACGAGCCGGUGCUAUGUGUACGACCUCCGCCGGUACAAGGAGGACACGCUUUGGGGCCCAUUUAUGCGCGGCGAGAAAGGGGAGCUACGCGCGAACUGGGUGCAUAUGCAACACAUCGUAAACGUCGUGGCGAUGAAGCUGCACGAGCUGCCGGGCCUCGCGCUGCAGAUUUACAACAAGCCCCGCGCCGGGAUUAGUGCGACGCAGGCGUACUCUGCGCCCUUCGCGCACGAACGUAAGCCGCAUGACUGGGCCGGCGUCGCUGGGACGUGGCGGCGUUUCGUCUGCUUCAUGGACUAUCGGGAUCUAUUCGCCUUCAACUUCUCCGUCUCCGGCACGGGUCCCCGCGAACGCACCUUCUUCGAUGACGACUACCAAGAGGCGAUCCGCCCGGUCGAGCUGCACCUCGACGUGCUCGACCCAUCCACGUCCGAGUCGUCCACGGAGCCCUCCGAGCCGCCGUCGCACGCCGCGCGGUACCCGCCGCUCUUCUUCAAGGGCCUGUCGCGCGGCGCGCACAGCGCGGACGCGGCCGUAGAGGGCUCCGUGCGCGUGCUCGCCGACGGUAGUGUCCGAUGGAGCUUCGUCACCAAAUAUGAUGGGCUUACGCAGUGGAGUGCGGAAGGCCUUCAGAUCGGUAACAUAUGCAGCGCCGCCGGUGUCGGCGGCAUCUGGACGGGUGCGUUUCAUGAGGACGCGGAUCCGGCCGGGCCGUUCUGGAUGUGGAAGAUGCCGUCAGCUCUCGAACCCGGAUUCAACGCAUGA